AUGAGCAAACAAUCAUUCGAGUACCCUGCUUUAUUUGACUUUCCACCAUUUUUUACACGACAAGUAACAGAUGCAACAUGGAAAAGUCAGGCAUCACAAUGGGAAAAUUUCAUUCUAGCCUAUACCCAACACAAGCAUAUCUUUCGAAUCAAUCUCCACCAGGCAACCAGUCCUGGAAGCUACGAAAUCUUUAGAAACGACACAAUCAACAGACGACUAUCGUUUGAAACGUUACGGGAUAUCAUAGAUGAAAUGGCGAAAAAAGGUACCGCAGAAUGGGAAGGAGGAUCUAAAGGGCUCAAAAGUGAAGCACUGAUCUAUUGGCAUACACCAGAUGAAUGGGCUAACUUGAUAUGGAAUUGGGUCAAUGAAACAGGACAAAGUAAUCAAAUUGUUACUUAUUACGAGAUAGCUAACGGUGAUUUAGCGGAAGGACAGGAAUUCUUUGGUCUGGAUAAAGUUAUUUUGGAUAAAGCAUUGAAUAUAUUAGUUAAAAGAGGACAUGCGCAAAUAUUCAAAGGAACGGAUGAAGUUAGUAUGGGCGUCAAGUUUUUUGAGCCGUAA